AUGCCAUGUUUCAGAUCUCGGACGGAAGUGCUUGUUCAUAAGUCCAUAACAGACGAAGAUAUGCUCAUCGAGCACGAGCAGCCUUUCCCAACGGUGGAAUUCGGCUUCGAAUAUUUCUUUGCAAUGGUCGUCUCUAAAGUCUACAGGCACCUUCUGGAAGAGGGCGGUAACGUCGUGUUCGCUCCGUCACAUGUCGUCCGAAUCAAGUGCCAUCCGAAUCCGUUGCAGUCAUUAGCUCACGGUAUUUCGGUCCGAUUAUACUGUCAACACAAGAAAAGUGCCACGAAAGCAGUGAUACGAAGUCCACGAUACCAUUGGAUACCGGUGGAGAGCAAGUCGAUACGCGAACAAUUGUACAUGGAAAAGAAUCAAUAUCGUCCAACGUUAAGAAUGAUC